AUGGCUUCAUUCGAAGGCAAGGUGAUCGCGAUUACUGGUGCAGCAUCUGGUUUUGGCCCCGCAGUUGCUAAGCUUCUGGCAAGUCGCCGUGCCCAACUCUCGCUCGCCGACAUGAACAAAGCCGGCCUUGAGACUGCUCUUGAGUCUCUUUCUGGUGAUGGGCACAUAAUCACCCAAGUCGAUGUGCGUGACAGUCAAGAAGUGAGUCCAUGGAUCGAGAAGACCGUUUCUGUCUUUGGCAAGCUUGACGGUGCUGUCAAUAUGGCUGGUGUCUUUACCCACGGUACAUGUCUUCGUGAUGAAACAGAUAAUACGUGGGACCUCAUCAUGGGAGUAAAUGCUCGUGGUGUUUUCAAUUGUUUGAGAGCAGAGCUAAAGCAUAUGAAGGCUGGAGGAAGUAUUGUAGGUGUCGAUCAACUUCUUUACUGGAAGAGGAAAGCUCAUAAGUGUGCAGGUAUCGGUGGCAAGCGUUGA